AUGUGUGAUAGCGAUUCUGGCUUAUCAAUUAGUAUGAAUGGAAGUACCAAAGAUAUUGACGCUUCUAUAUCCGGCUCGACAGUUAUUAAAAUCAACGUCCCGUCGGUUGGUGUAGAGCGAGUAUACAGCUUUCUUCAAACUGAUAUGAUUUCGGAUGUUAAAUUAGCGAUUGCAACUGAUUUACAACUGGAAUUUCGUGAUAUACUGAAUUAUGGAUUAUUUCUACCUCCAGCUAACGGAAAAGCUGGAAAAUUUUUGCAAGAAGAAAGGCAAUUAAGAGAUUAUCCGUUUUCAUGCUCUGUUGGACAUUUAGAGCCUAAUUUAAGGAAAUUUUUGAGUUUGGUGCGCUGUGGUGAUUUGGAAAAAGUCACCAUCCUUCUUGAAAAAGGACUUGAUCCCAAUUUUCAAUGUCGCGAUGAUGGUGAGACUCCAUUAACAAUCGCAGUUCGACUUCCUAAGCCUAAGCCUAUUAUCAUGGUCCUGGUUGCUGGUGGUGCCCAUUUGGAUUAUCGUGCUGCGGACAGCUCUACACCUCUCCACAAGGCUGCAAUCAACGGGAACUACGAAGCUAUUAAAGGGUCGGAUGGUAAAGUUCAAAUAAGCACGGUGCUUUUAAAGGUGCUUCUGGAUUUGGGCCAAUCGCCAAACGCCCGGGACUCUAAAGGACUUACUCCGCUCUACCAAUGUAUUCUUAACGAUACGUCAGCAAUGUGUGCGGAAUGGCUGCUGUUUGAUCAUUCCACGAUCGGUGUCACUGACGGCGCUGGAAUGGAGGAGAUCCAUCAGGCUUGUCGAUUCGGUCGAGUGCAGCAUCUAGAGCAGCUGAUUGCGUAUGGAGCAAACAUCAACAGUCAGACGACAUUCAACGGCAAUACACCUCUCCACUUCUGUGCCUACAAUGGACAGGAAUCCUGUGCACGCCUCCUCCUCUUUCGAGGCGCCAACCGGACAUUGAAGAAUCGUGCCGGUCACACUGCCCAUCAGGAGGCCGUUCUGGCCAAUCACGUCGCCACGGCCACACUCAUUCGUGACUUUCAAGACAAGGAUGUUGUUCCACUGCGAGGCAGUCCCAAGUACAAUCAGAAACGGCGGCAGGCGAGCCAGAUACGUCCGCUGGGCGAGCGCUGUUCCAGCCUCGGCCGCCUGUCGGAGGGCUUCACCACUACCGAGGCACUCUCCUCGCCCCCUAUCCUUCCAAAAUCGUCCUUCCCUGAGGUCACCUUGAAGCCAUCCAACGGUACCACAAGGGCCCAUAUGGCAACAAGCUCCAGCGGCUACUCACUGUGCAACGAGGGGACCGAACUAGUUCACGAAUUUGCGAGCUUGGCUGUGAAACCCAACUCUCGAAGUAGGUUUUCCCUGCUCCUUGCUAACUGCAUGAUGGACGAAUCUAGGGAGACUAGAGAGGUCCGCGUAGCUACACUCCUGAUCCACUACGUCCGGCAAACAGCUGUUUUCGGAGGCUGGCGGACCGCCACUGCGGGGGACUCCGAGGGCUUCUGUGUCGGGAUGGCACUCUCCUAUUUCAGAUGGCAGCCUUACAGUCAGUCGACUUCAACAAAACCGAAUACCGUUGAACUCCUCAAAUGGACUUUCUGGGUAUCCGGAAACCUCAGAUACAAUAUCACUACGGAGCUGUGCAUCGUCCUUCACAGACACGCCUAA